CGUGCGUGGCGGAUGACGUCAUGCACUCGCUCCCGUUUGUUUAUUUAUAUUGAGGCGUCGUCAACACAGAGGACGGACGCGUGUGUUCCGUGUGUUCGGUGCUCGGGACACAUCGGGACCCGAUCGGGACCAGGACCAUGGCGGACUCCGGUCCAGAGGCACCGGCGGACGGUGACGACCCGCCCAGUGCCAACCCCCCCCCGCUCAUCACAGUGUCUGGUCUGCCCAGUGCCACCGCUGCAGGCCGUAACCUGAAGGAAUGGCUUCAGGAGCAGUUCUGCGACAAACCUCUGGAGCAGGACGACAUGCGGCUGCACAACGCCGCCUACGUGGGAGAUUUGGACACGCUGAGGAACCUGCUGCAGGAAGACGACUUCAGACGGCGCAUCAAUGAGAAGUCCGUGUGGUGUUGCGGCUGUCUGCCCUGCACUCCUCUGCGGAUCGCAGCCACAGCAGGACACGCCGCCUGCGUGGCCUAUCUGAUCGCCCAGGGAGCCGAGGUGGACCUGGUUGACGUCAAAGGCCAAACGGCGCUCUACGUAGGCGUGGUUAACGGCCACCUGGAGUGCGUCCGGAUCCUCCUCGAGGCCGGAGCGGAUCCCAACGGCAGCCGGCACCACCGCAGCACCCCCCUGUACCACGCUGCGCGGGUGGGAAGGCUGGACAUUCUGAAGGAGCUCAUCCGGUUCAAUGCUGAUGUAGACAUGGACCACCAGCUGAGCCCCCGGCUCCUCUUAAGCGCCCGCACCCUCAACACCUUGGUGGUGUGUCCCCUCUACAUCAGCGCUGCCUACCACCACCUCCACUGUUUCCAGCUGCUGCUCCAGGCCGGCGCGCAGCCCGACUUCAACUACAACGGGCCUGUCUGCCACGAGGCCCUGACCCGCGGCCUGGCCUCCUGCCUGCUGGACGCCGUGCUGCGUCACGGGUGCGAGGUGGCCUUCAUCCACCUGCUGCUGGACCACGGGGCCAACCCGGCUCUGGUGCCCUGGGAUGAGUCAGCGCUGGAGGCUCCUAACCGAAGGAAGGUGGAUCCUGAGGCCCUCGGGAUCUUCCUGGAGGCGAGGAGACGCCCUCGCCGGCUGACGCACUUGUGUCGGAUCAGGAUCCGGAGAGCGAUGGGCAAGAGUCGCCUCGUCCACAUACCUUCGUUACCCCUGCCAGGCCCCAUCCAGAACUUCCUGCUUCACCGAAACUGACACCGCGCAGCUUCUCGUCUUCGACAUCCAACACCAUAAAAAAAAACAAUCAAUCUCAACGACAAGACACACGGAUGCGAAACCCCUAAUUAUUCUCUAAUAAUAAACUGCUGUUAGUAUUAUUUCUCAAACACUUCUCUUCCUGAUCCUGUGAUAUUUUCAUGAAAUGCUUCCUAACUUGCUGAAGAAGCCUCGCUGUGUCCUGUAUUGUGGAAAAUGUGUGUGUAUCCUAAAUGUUUACCAGGGAAAUGUCAUGGUCGUGCUUUCGUGUGUUUCAGCUCAUUUACCACAGAGAGAAUGUCAUUUGUUCUGCUAUUAAAACCUGCCAUGUAACAGAUAUCCAGUUAAGAGGCAGAGGAACACGGAUCCAGCUCAUUUAUCUGCAGUAAAUGCAGAAUUUAAACCUUUUACCAACUCUCAGCCCGAGUGCAACCCAUCAAUUUCAGUAGCCAGCGUUAUCAUUUAGCUUCUUUUGAUGCAUUAACCACAUGGAUUGGUUUGACAACGUAAGGGCUGGAGCGUGCAAACUUCUAACUGUAUAAACUGUGUUUACAUUGAGUGCAGGGGGGGUUGGUGAUGGAGUAUUUUUUUGUUUUUUGCCAUAUGCCUUAAGCUUGAGUUUUGGAAAAUUGACUUUGAGAUUGAACAAACCAGAACUACCAAUGAUAAACCAGAGAAAUAAUGUAAUUAUGAACCUUAAAUAAGCUGUUUGAGGUUCUGGAUCCCGACCAAAACUAAAGAAGCAAGUUUACAGUCUGGGUCUGAAUGUUAAUGUGCGUGUUACCAUCAAAAGCUUUCUAGGAAACUAGUGUUAAAGCACUUUUCAGGAAACUCCCUCUGUUGACGCUCACAAUCUGUUGAAAAGUUAAAUGUAUUUCUAAUGAAUAGGUUUGUAUUAAUGGAAAGGACGUUGCCCUUCAUGUGAGACUGUUUCUCACCUGCUCUCUGUUAUCUGAGCUCUUUUUGUCCGUCCAUUUUGCUUUGUAUAUCCCGUCUUUAUUUCCAUAUGAAAUGUGAAUACUUCUACAUUCUCUCCUGUGUGUUAAUUGUUUAAAACCAUGUGGGUGGGCUGAUGCGCCACCGGAGAUUCCUCGAAAGUAAAGGUCACUUUCCGUGCUUCCUGUUCUGUUGGCCAUCUCCUGAAAUCCACAUGAGCUCCUCCUUUACUCACAACCCGUUCCAAGAUCUGCUCUAGUCCAUAAUAUCCCUGUUAAUGUCCUGGAUAGACUCUGGAGUUUAGGUUUGGUAGAGAAAAGAUCCCCUCCAUCAAUAUCAGGUCAUUAAGAACUGAACCAUAACAGAAGCCCUGAUCAGAGUCACAUGACGCCUCUUCAACUCGUCCUUCUCACAUGAGGGUCCCUCUGGAACACUGUCCGAGUUGCUACAUCUUGUAGGGGGGGGAAAGAGAACUUUAGUCUUAGUAGACCCGGACCACAACUUUGCUGCAUCAUUAUUUACCACUUUUAAAUGAUGCUAGAAUGUCUUAAUAUAAUUUCUAUAUGAGAGUCAGUCUAGCAAUAUUAAUCAACUGAAAAUUAAACGGGAGGGAGUUAAACACUUUGUUUGUUGGUCUAGAGUUUCUGGCCCAAGUGACCUCGACAUUUCACUUGUGUGUUUUGUUGCCACACAAGCAGAGUGACACCGUCAAUAAGGUUUUAUAGUGAAAUGUCACAAAAUGAUUUGUUAGGUUUACGUGGUUUUGUCAUUUGGUUCAAAUACUGCAACUAUGUGCACCAUCAGGAUGAAGUGAUGAACUAAUAGUAGUUACGUGACUCUAUGACAUGUUGCACUAUGCUUUGUUUUCGUUGUGUUACAUCUAUCGUCCUGGAUAUGGGAGUUCAGUUCAACACACAAUCAUCCAAACCCCGUCCCAUGAAGCAAACAACAGUGCGACACAAAGCAGUACACAUCAUAUCACUAUAAUAAUAAUAAUAGUGACACAAACAAUCCAGUACAUCUCACAAACAUGAAACGUUGACUGUCAGUACAGAGCUGGGCUCCUAGUGGCCUCCUGUCUUAUUCAGUGCUGCCAUGGCUGCAGGCACCAGGCGUCUGUGGAAUCAGACCCUGUUGCACCUGUCCUGAUGGCUUCAUGUUGCAGUGGCAGUGGAAUUGGUGGAUGACGUCAUGUGCUGUUGAGGUUGGGAUGCAUGUUAUGGCCUUAAGAGUUGAGUUGGGUUGGGUUUGUGAAGAACUCAUGGCGGUAAAUUGAAGUUUGAAUCCAGCUGGAGGCUUAUCACCCACUUAGCAAACUAAACUGAUCAUUAAACUGGUUGACAGAGCAAAAAUAUCUACUUCCUCUCUUGUGCCUGCAGCCUUGCUUUGUCUGAUUCUCCCUAUUUAUCCCAGAACUUGUGAUGGGGUGCUCCAAAGGAAGUAAUAAAAUUAAACACAAUAAUGAUGAA